UCUGCUGCUUUGCUGGCUUCCAGCCUUCUUCCUUUUCUCUGAAGAAGCUGCGAAGAAAGACGAGGGGGGCACAGAGGAAGGGCAGGCAAAGGCAGACGCCGAGGACGCCAUCAUUCUUUUGCUGAAGAAAGCCAAGCUCAACAUCAUGAAGGGAGAACUGGAAGAAGUGGAGCGCCUCCUGCACGAGGCUGCCCGGCUCUCUCAGCAAUCGGACAACAAAGCGGCAAUUAUUUACACGUACGAUAUGAUGGCGAACUUGGCCUUCAUGAGAGGGGAGCUGGAGCAUGCUGAAAAGCUCUUCAAAGCCACGAUGAGCUACCUGCUUGCCGGGGACAUGAAGCAAGAUGACAACGCUAUCCUUCAGAUGUCCCUGAAGCUGGCCAGCAUCUAUGCUGCUCAAAAUCAGGACAAACUAGCCCUGGCUGGCUAUCAGUUCUGCAUCCUGACGCUGGAGGAGAAGAUUGCCAAGCAGAAGGAGCAGCCCGCGGACACCUUGCCAGAGGAAGAGAGGGUCAACACCCACCUUCUGCUCGCAAUGAGCUUUGACUCCUACGGCCGCUACCUGCUGGCACACAGUCAGGCGGCGCUGGCCCAGACGAUGUACGAACGCGCCCUGCAGAUCGCGGUGGAGGUUAAUGGGGAGACGCACCCCCAGACCGUGGUGGUGAUGAGCGACUUGGCAACGGCUUUGGACUCUCAAGGGCGCUACGACGAAGCCUACGCCCACGUGAGCCGGGCAGCAGAACUGGCCCAGCAGACCAAGCACCCGGAUGCCCACGUGAUCUCGAGUAACCUGGCUGGAAUCCUGAUACAUAAAGGAGAUUAUUCACAGGCCAGGCAAGUGUUCAAAGCCGCCCUGGAACAGGCUGAGAAGUCUGGGGACGGCUUCUCCGUCAGAUACAUCGAGAAGGAACUGGCUCAGCUGGCCAAGAGGAAGAGGACGCAAUCGAAAGCGAGUGCCAACGUGCAGGGGGUGGACGCGGGCAAGGCUGGCGCAGAAGGGGAGAGGGACUGACAGCGGCCGUUUCCUGCAGUUGCCUUGUCAGAACUGCAAGACGCUCUUCUUUCCGGCUGCAAGGGCGAUGCACUGCGGACCGCGCGGGGCGGCC